AUGUCUUACCGCAACGAACAAUACGGCUCCGGCUCCGGCGCCAGCUCCAACUACUACGACCAGAACCAGGAUUUCUCCCGCAACGACUCCUACGGCAACCAGGGUGGUAACCAGAACCACGGCCGCCAGGAGAACUACGGCAACUCAGGCGACAACUACGGUAGCCACGGUGGCAACCAAGGCGGAUACGGACAAGAGAGCUACGGCAACUCGAACUCCAACUACGGCCGUCAAGAAUCCCACGGCAACCAAGGAUACGGACAAGAGAGCUACGGCAACUCGAACUCCAACUCCAACUACGGCCAAGAGUCCCACGGCCGCCGCAACAGCAACAGCAACUACGGCGACGACGACUUCAGCAGUGCCGCAUCCCACGCACAGGAGCACCACAGCAGCGAAGACAAGUCUCUUUUCAGCUCUGCGCUGAGCUUCAUCCAGGAGCGCAAGGGGAAGUACUCUGGAUCUGAGGGUGAGGUUGAUGAGCAGCAUGCAGUGAAUGCUCACCAGGCCAUGUAUGGGUCUGGAUCAUCGAGCCAGAACCAUGAUUCCAACACUGUUGGUGCUGGUGCUGCUAUGCAGGCGCUGAAGAUGUUUACUGGUGGUGGAUCUGGGGGUAGCUCUAGUGAUGGUGGGAUGGAUAAGAAUAAGCUUAUUGGGCUUGCUAUGGCUCAGGCUGGGAAGUUGUGGGAUGAGAAGCAGAGCAGUGGUGGUAAUGUGUCUGGUGACAAGCAGACUGCUGUUAACUCUGCUGCUGAGAUGGCUUUGAAGAUGUACAUGAAGAGCCAGGGUGGCGGUAUUGGUGGUACUGGUGGUGCUGGUGGUGCCAGUGGCCUCCUCAGCCUUGCUAGCAAGUUCCUGUAA